AGAAGUAGAAGAAAUUUCAAGGGGCCUAGAAAAAAUCGACGACGAUAUCGGCCAUUGCUAGUGAAGCGGCUGCAACAGUUACACCUCCGCGGUCUUGCACCCAACCCAUCAAUGGCUGCUCUGCUUCGGAGUUGUGGAGCAGGUAGCGCCAAGGCAUUUGCGAUUCCUAGAAUCUCCUCUCGAGCUCUCGCUUCUGUCAAAUUCGUUCCUCCGCUUCGGUUUCAGUCCCGUCCCAGAUCUUUUUGUGUCAAAGCGACAAGCAGUGAAGAAGAGGCUGCCAAAGCUGCUGCUGCGGUUGCUGACACAGGAGCUCCGACCAUAUUCGACAAGAUCAUAGCUAAGGAGAUUCCAUCAACCAUUGUGUAUGAGGAUGAAAAGGUCCUAGCUUUUCGAGACAUUAGUCCUCAGGCACCGGUUCAUGUUCUAGUUAUUCCAAAACUCAGAGAUGGCCUUACGCAUCUCGGAAAGGCUGAAGAAAAGCAUUCUGAGAUACUGGGUUGGCUCCUCUAUGCUGCCAAAGUGGUGGCUGAAAAAGAAGGCAUUCUUGAUGGAUUUCGUGUUGUCAUCAACAGUGGACCAACUGCCUGUCAAUCUGUUUAUCAUCUUCACCUACAUGUCCUGGGUGGUAGACAAAUGAAGUGGCCUCCUGGUUGAAGUUGAACUAAGCCAUAUUAGUCAUCACCAUUCUGUGACCUUAAUGUCUGUCAUGUUUAUGGCCAUCCGAGCAACAUGUGGCUUAUAUAUAUGCUAUAAAAGGAUUGACAGUACUACAAUCACCACGUUUUUAUGGAUA